AUGUCUCCCUGUCUCGAGGCAAAGCAAAACUUUGUAGGAGAAAGUUAUUGCUUAUGUAUUAUAUAUGCUUUUCGUUGUUCUUCACAGAUCGUCACGCGCCAACAUAAUGAGAAAAUUUCAAAACAUACGUUCAAACCAUUCCAACCAGAUGAUGAAGUCCAAAUAGACAGAAUACAAAUAGCCCAUCAUUUAUACCGGGUGAUUUGGGACGGAAAUUUUAGUUCUCCAGUAAAAGCGAGAUUAUCAAAAGGAGGCGCUAAAGUGUUAGAUAUAGGGUGCGGACCAGGUACAUGGAUAUGUGACAUGGCAACGGAUUUUCCAAAAUCGUCAUUUAUAGGUGUAGAUUAUGUACCAACUUUUCCUACCGAAAAACCAACAAACGUUCAAUUUAUUGUCGGUGAUAUACUAGAAGGAUUAGAUUUCGGGGAAGAAGAAUUCGAUUUUAUUAAUAUGCGACAGAUGGCAUUAUGGUUUUCGGAGGAACAAUACAAGAAACAAGUGAUCCCUGAAUUGACGCGGUUACUUAAAGUUGGCGGAUGGUUAGAAAUAUCAGAAUCAGAAUUUCAAGCACAUUUGAUAGGUCCCAAAUUCAAAGAAUAUCUUGUUAGUCAAAUGGCAAAAUAUAACCGAAACCCAGAUGUUCUCUACGAACUUGAGGCAUGCUUAGGUCAAUUUAGCAACAUAUCGCGGGAUAAACGAAAAAUUCCGGUCGGUUCAAAUGACAAAAUAAUCGGACAGUAUUGUGCAAUGUUAUGUGUUCCGCUAAUGUUGGAAAUUUUGUCAGAACAUGUGUUAAAAUUGUCGCAUAAAAAGUGCGAGAAAAUGGUUAAAGAGGUUAUAGAUGAGGCCAACAAAUAUAAUUCGAAAUCUAAUUGUUACGAUAAAGGUUUGCUGGGAAUGCAGGAUGUUGAAGUGCCAUUUACUAUUGAGGAAUAUGAAGUGUUUCAAGUCGUUGGAAACGAUAAUUUUCCAAG